CAUUAAUAAUUCACAGAAACAUUUUUCUUUCUAUUUCUUCAUCUUAUAAUUACCACAGAAUUUCUGUUUUCAUUUUUCAGAUCAACAUCCAUGGCAUCAUCUUCUUCUUCUGCAAGUAACUCACUCUACUGGAAGUAUGAUGUCUUCUUAAGUUUUAGUGGUGAAGAUACCCGGAGAAAUUUUACGAGUCACUUGUACCAAGGUUUGAAAAACAGGGGAAUAUUCACUUUUCUAGAUGAUAAAAGGCUAGAGAAUGGCGAUUCCAUCUCAGAAGAACUCGGGAAAGCUAUAGAAGUGUCUCAAGUUGCCGUAAUCGUUUUCUCAAGGAAUUAUGCUAUGUCAAGAUGGUGCUUGAAUGAACUAGUGAAGAUUAUGGAAUGCAAGGAGAAAAAAAAUGGACAAACAGUCAUACCGAUCUUCUGUGAUGUAGAUCCAUCACAUGUUCGAUACCAAAGUAAGAGCUUUGAAGAAGCAUUUGCCAAACACGAAUCGAGGUAUAAGGAUGAUGUUGAGGGGAUGCAGAAGGUGCAAGGAUGGAUAACUGCCCUAACUGCUGUCGCAAAUCUGAAAGGAUAUGUAUUCCCUAACAGUGUUGAGUCAGAUGCAGACUGUAUUGAGCAUAUUGUUGAUCAAAUUUCGUCUAAGUGCAAUACUUCAGUAUCUUAUUUGCAAGAAGUUGUGGGUAUAGAUACUCAAUUAAGGAAAGUAGAAUCCCUACUACAGAUGGAAAUCAAUGAUGUCCGGAUUGUAUGGAUCUGGGGAAUGGGGGGUGUUGGUAAAACUACACUAGCAAAGACUAUUUUUUUUAAACUCUCGUCCAAAUUUAAAGAUGUUUGUUUCCUUGAGAAUAUCAAAGAAAACAAAUAUGGAAUUCACUCUCUGCAAAAUAUCAUUCUCUCUAAAUUGUUAGGGGAAAAAGAAAAUUGCGUGAAAGAUAAGGAGGAGGGGAGGAGCCUGCUGGCUAAGAGACUUCGGUGUAAGAAGGUUUUAAUUGUUCUUGAUGACAUAGAUCACAGAGACCAGUUGGAUUACCUAGCAAAGGAUCUUGGUUGGUUUGACGAGGGUAGCAGGAUUAUUGCAACCACUAGAGACAAGCGUUUGAUAGGGGAAAAUGAUAUAGUAUAUGAAGUGGAAACACUACUCGACUGUGAUGCUAUUAAACUGUUCAAUCAAUAUGCUUUCAAAGAAAAAGUUCCAAAUGAGCGUUUUAAGAAUCUAACAUUGAAGAUAGUAAGUCUUGCUAAAGGCCAUCCUUUAGCCCUAAAAGUAUGGGGUUCUUCAUUACACCGGAUGGAUAUAACUGAGUGGGAAAGUGCUUUGGUCCGAAUAAAGAAAAACUUUGAUGUAGAAAUUACUGAAAAUCUCAAAAUAAGUUAUGAUGGGUUGGAGCCCGAAGAACAAGAGAUAUUUCUAGAUAUAGCAUGUUUCUUCCGAGGAAUUGAAAAAGAAAAAGUCAUGCAAGUUCUUGAGAGCUAUUAUUCUGGACCAAAAAUUGGAUUGCGUGUUCUAGUUAACAAAUCUCUUGUGAUCAUCUCUGAAAAUAAUGAGAUUGAAAUGCAUGACUUAAUACAAGAUAUGGGUAAAUGUAUAGUGCAAAUGCAAAAGCAUCCGGGAGAAUAUAGCAGAUUAUGGAAUGUUAAAGAUUUUAAAGAAGUGAUAGACAACAAUAUGGGGACCAUGGCAGUGGAAGCAAUCUGGUUUAUUUAUUUUGAAGAACUAAGCUUUAAUAAAGAGGCAAUGAAAAAUAUUAAAAUGCUUAGGAUAUUAUGUAUACAUAAUAGGUACGAAAAAAAUAAGACGACCUCCUCAGACUCCAAUUGCCAUGAUGGCUCCAUUGAGUACCUUUCCAACAACAUGCGUUGGUUUGUCUGGCAUGAUUAUCCUUGGCAGUUAUUGCCAGAAAAUUUUAAUCCCAAAGGACUCGUUCAUGUUGAUCUCCGAUGGAGUUCAUUGCAUUAUUUAUGGAAUGAAACAAAGGUACCAUUCUGUUUGAAAUGCUUUAUAUUUUAUCUUGUCCUAAAAUCAUAAUUCUUGUGUUUAAAUAAAAUAA